CAUCACCCCCCUCUCCCCACCCGGAUCCUCAGUUGACCAGCGUCGCAAGUAAGCGUCGCUCUUGCUCCCGGAAAGUCUUCGUCUUAUCUCGUCGCCUAUAUCGACUUCUCCGCGACAAGGUUUUCUUGAGCGAAAACUACUUGCGUACCCUGAACAAGCCAAAUGAUCCGUUUUUUUUCUCCCUCCCCAACUCAAACCGAGAAGCACUGGAUGAUGUUGCGAGAAAUGUGGCAACGGUGCGUUUGAUUUUGUUGUCAUUUGUGCCUUCGAUCUGUUGCUCAUUUUUUGGGGGGUGGAGGUCAUUUUCGAGACAAGAGGAGGAGGAGGAGGAGGUUGUCUGCUAGAAGACAUUCGAGAGCUGGGCCGCAGGCACCAAACACCAUGCUGUCCUCGGACGAGCCGCUGGACCUGAAGCUUCCCUCGGGACAGACGCGUUGUCCACUCCGACUGGGAAAGAGGAGCUCAUCGUCCAUAUGCGCACCGCUGGGCGUCCACUCGCGACCACGCCUCAUUUACACCACCUUCCCGUCGCCGCCUUCCUCCCCAGACUCCCAGUCCCCAUGCCACGAACGACCUGGAUCCUGCUUCACUCCCUCAGCCAUGGACCUCAGUCUUUCGCCUUCAUCCAGACACGCCUCCUCUCUUUCCCCCUCUCCCUCGUCCCCCUCGUCCCCUCCCUCGCCUCUGGAGUCCCCCCACGGCAGCAGGAGCAGCGGCAGCCCUCGACCGCACCCCUUCUUACGGGAAGCGGCGCUUAAUCGAAGGGUGGAGGGCAACACGUCGCCUCAACGCUAUCCUUUUUACGUGCCCAUCGCGAGCCCAACGGUGGGGUACACCUUCCCGUCGACUCUUUUCAGUGGUCAGAAAAGGGACAAGCAAGUCUCACCCGAGACCUCAUUGGAUGUUCAGCUGGCAUGUCGCUGGAAGAAGUGCCACCUGCUGUUUGAGUCGCUGCAGGACUUGGUGGACCACAUCAACGACGCCCACGUCAAACCUGAAAAGGAUUCUGGGUACUGCUGCAAGUGGGAGGGGUGCGCUCGCAACGGACGGGGCUUCAACGCCAGGUACAAAAUGCUGAUCCACAUCCGCACACACACCAACGAGAAACCGCAUCACUGUCCCACCUGCAGCAAGAGUUUCUCCCGUCUGGAGAACCUGAAGAUCCACACUCGCUCACAUACAGGAGAGAAACCCUACAUCUGCCCGUACGAAGGCUGCAACAAGCGUUACUCCAACUCCAGCGACCGCUUCAAGCACACCCGCACGCACUACGUGGACAAGCCCUACUGCUGCAAGAUGGCCGGCUGCCUGAAGCGCUACACCGACCCCAGCUCGCUACGCAAGCACAUCAAAGCUCACGGGCAUUUUGUUAGCCAGGAGCAGAGCGCCGCCCCGAAGCCGGGUCCUCUCGGCAACCGAGGGACGGCCGACCUCCCCCCGGCGGGGGGCGCUCGGCUCAUCUCCCCGGGGGCGGCCGCGGCCCUCCUGGGUGGUCUGGGGAGCGCGCUGCCCCUCUCGGCGCUGUGCCACCCCCGCGCGGCUCUCUUCUCCGCGGGAUCAAGGGGAGCCCUCGGCACGCUCGGCUUGGCGGACUCGCCGCUUUGUCACUUUGGAUUUUCGGCGGCGUCUGUUUUGGGACUGAGCGCUCUGGGAAGACCGCGCCGCGCCGAGGUCGACGACGGGGGUGCCGAACCCGAGGGGGAGGCUUUAAACCUGUCGGCGGAGGUAGCGCCCAGAAAGGGGGAUCCCCUGUCCUGGGUGGUUGUCCCUCCGAGGGCACUCCUGCUCAAGCCAACUGUUGUCAGCUAGGAUUGUUCAAGAGAAGGGUGGGAGGAGAGCGGGCCGUGGUAUUUUUAGAUCACCCACUUUGUGAUAUUUUCAAGAAGUUUGAAUAUUUGGCCUAUCGAAUGAACGAAAAUGUUUCACUUGUAAUAGAGCUGCAAAGUGAAUAGCGAAAAUCCCAGCGCUAGCCCCCCGAGAAAAAAAAAAAAAAGAUGGCCAGACUAAAUGAAGCCCGUCCUCUCAACUCAACAAGAUCCCAACAAAGCACCUGAGCAGAAAAAUUUCCUUGUCAUUGUGCACUUUUGAAUCAUAAUUAAGCCUCUGUAAAGCAGAAGUAUAAACGGAGGAUGGGAGCUUUCUCCAUCCUGACGUCUCGCAGCGGACAAUCAACAGCCUUUUUCGCUUUUGACAAACCUCGCUGACGCUUGCGCUCGCCCGUAUUUUAGCUUCAAACGAAAAUGGGAGUUCAGGAGCGGCAUUGCGGCACGGGGUGCUACGAGGAAAGGGUACAGCACAAUUUAACCAAUGACUAACGACUUAGCCCUUCGUAGGCUGUGAGGGCGUAUCUCUCUCUCUUCAGGGACAAUACAUUAUAGGCGAGCAUAAAAAAUGGUCUCAAUACAUGAUCUGUGGACAGAAGUAUUGGGACAGGUCUCGGAUGAUGACAUAGUGCACCAAAGUCCCUUUUGUCUACCCAAGGAUUGACCCGAUUUUCCCCACUGAACCAUUCAGUCACUACUUUUUCGCAAUGUUUCAAUAAUUUGACUCCAACUUCAGGAAACAAACUAGCAACUCCAUAUCUUAAGCCCACUUGGAUCCAAUCCUCAACCUUCUUCUUCCAGUCUUCAAAUAUUGAACAGUUUGAGACAACUGAACCUUUGCUGAUUUUAAUUGGAAAAGAUCAUCUGUCUGAUAAUUGGCAUCUGUGCACCCAAUUUUUAAGCCAAACAUUUGGUGAGCUCCUACAAUCUUCCCGGAGCAUCUCGUCUUCUCCCACUUUAACCAUCCCAAUGAUUUUGUCCACAGAUGACGUACGUUAAAAAAGGAAAACGGCGAUCGUGUACCGAGACCUUUUUGUGGGUCUCCUUCAUUGCAUUUCUGGGGACAGCGUGACAUUUAAAGGCGCAGUUUGUUCUUUCCUCCUUGUCACUUUAAUCACCGACAGACAAAGAUCUCUACGGGAUCUGCCUCGGUCUCCUGCGCGGAACAAGCGAGGAACGAGUAAACAAACAGGUCGCACUCGUGCAACUGCCACUUAUAGACUUGUUCCUACUAUUUUACAUAGUCCACAAAAGAGGAAGGCCUUUUUACUCUUUAAAAGAAAAAAAGACACUAUAUAUAGAUAUUUUUCCCAAGUUUGACAAUGGCUAUAUGUGGCCUGUUUGUGUUGUUAUUUUAUAUCUUAUUAUCUGUCCCAAAUGUGCCUUGUGUUUCUGACCAAAAUGUACACCGUGUCUGAAAACAUUUACGCAAAAAAAAAAAAAGUGUAUAUGCGUACUUUUGUAUUCCUUCUUUUGUGGGAGCUUUACCGUAACAACUGACAGACAACAGAUGCGAAUUUGUGCAUCAGGGCCACUGAGACAUUUUCCAAAUGACGAUGACGGAAUGUCAAUAAAGAACAAUACGAAUGG